AUGGAUACGCAGAAGCAUGCAGAUAUGGCAGCAGACAUGGCAGUGGUUGAUUACGACUCUAAAGACUUAGAACCACCCAUCUUAACUGUUGAAGAGGCUGUUGAGAGAUCAAGCUUCUAUGAGGUUCCUCCUUUUCUGUAUCCAUCUCAUGUUGGUGACUUCUCGGAAGGAAUGGCUGAAGCUGACCACAAGAUUCUCUCCUCUGAGGUAUUUCUGAUCAUUUAUUCUUUUCCUUAA